UCUUGGUAAACCAUUACCACCAGCACCUGGUGACACAGUUGAUAAUAAAAGAGGAUGAAGUAGAAGAUUCCAAGCAGAGUGGCAUUAUUAAAGAAAAUCAAACACAAUUCUAUUGAAGCAGCAAAAGAAAAUACGGAAGAACAAAAUGUUGUGACAACGCAUUUACGACCUGUGACAACCAUGUAUGUGAGCUCUCUCUUGGAUAAGGAGAACAGCAUGUAUCCAGGAUCUGCAAGGAGUAACAACAACCUGCCAGUGCAAAACUUUGUGUCUACUCCAUCCUACCCAGAUUACAUGGGAUACCAUCAUGUGCCAACUAUGGACACCCACGGACAGCCUGCAGGAACCUGGGGAUCCCACUAUGGCCCGCAGAGGGAGGACUGGAACGCUUACGGCCCAGGACCUUCUAGCACAGUUGCUGCUGCUCAGAUCAACAGCUCGUCUCCUGGACAGGUCUCCUACACUUCUGCUGAUUACAGCUCCCUCCAUCCCGCUGGAUCUGGGGGGUUACCUCCUGUAGAUACAAUUAAUACACAGCAAAUCUCUCCCAACAGCCAAAGGCACAGCUCUUAUGAAUGGAUGAGGAAAACAGUGCAAACUAAUACUACUGGUAAAACAAGAACAAAAGAAAAGUACCGAGUUGUUUACACAGAUCAUCAGAGACUAGAAUUAGAGAAGGAAUUUCACUGCAACAGAUAUAUUACGAUAAGGAGAAAGUCAGAACUGGCAGCAAAUCUGGGACUAUCUGAAAGACAGGUGAAAAUCUGGUUCCAAAACCGUCGAGCGAAAGAAAGAAAACUGAUCAAGAAGAAAAUCUCUCAGUUUGAUGGCAGCGGGGGCUCAGCUCAGAGUGACUCUGGGUCACUCAGUCCAAAUGAAAUAUCCAGUUCUCUGUUCCCACCACCACAUGGAAUAAAUGGAUUACAGCCUAAUGGCAUUCACCAGGUCAUAGUUUCAGAAUGAACAGAAGGAUUCUCCCAUCAACCCCCACCCAAACACUCAGCUUUGCAAGAGGCCAUUCUCAUGUAAAUGUCUUCAGAGUGCUGAUUUCUAAGUACAGGAUCUGGGACUAUUAUCAAAACGUUUUAAUUAUUGCAGAAACCUCAGGGAACUUGUGCUGCUAAGAUUCACCACUCAAAAUCCUUGAGGAGGAGGGAAUUUCUUUCAGACACUGACCCAAAGAUGAUACAACUGAAGAUUCAAGUAAACAUAGUUCUUGUCUAAUCAUAUAGACACAGAAAACUAAGUGAACUGAUUAUAAAAUAGAGUACUAUUGCAUAAGAUAUAAGAUGCUGGGUGUAUGUGGUUUGUUACAUGUUAUGUAAUUAAACUGUAGAUGUUAAUUAAUAUUCACACUUAUGUGUACUGAGAAAAUGCUACUUUUGAAAACAACAGAAACAUUU